AUGGAGCAGCUUCAGAAAUACUUCUCCCUCGAUCAGAAGGGCACCAUCAUUGCCGAGUACAUAUGGAUCGACGCCGAGGGCGGCACCCGUUCCAAGUCGAGGACCCUCCCCGACAAGCCCUACCAGCCCGAAGAGCUGCCCAUCUGGAACUUCGACGGCUCCUCGACGGGGCAGGCGCCCGGCGACAACUCGGACGUGUACCUGCGGCCGGUGGCCGUGUACCCGGACCCGCUGCGGCUGGGCAACAACAUCCUGGUGCUGGCCGAGUGCUGGGACGCCGACGGCACCCCGAACAAGUACAACCACCGCCACGAGACGGCCAAGCUGAUGGCGGCGCACGCCGCGCACGAGCCCUGGUUCGGGCUGGAGCAGGAGUACACGCUGUUGGAUAUGAAUGGGUGGCCGUUUGGUUGGCCCCAGAACGGGUUCCCGGCUCCUCAGGGCCCGUAUUACUGCGGUGUCGGCGCCGGCAAGGUCGUGCAGCGCGAUAUUGUCGAGGCGCACUACCGCGCGUGUCUGUACGCUGGGAUCAAGGUCUCGGGGACCAAUGCUGAGGUGAUGCCCGCCCAGUGGGAGUUCCAAGUCGGCCCAUGUGUCGGCAUCGAGAUGGGCGAUCAACUCUGGCUCGCCCGCUUCCUGCUUCACCGCAUCGCUGAGGACUUCGGCGUCAAGGUCUCGCUGCACCCGAAGCCGAUCCCCGGCGACUGGAACGGCGCGGGGCUGCACAGCAACUUCUCGACGAAUUCGAUGCGCGAGGAAGGCGGCAUGGCGCACAUCGAGGCCGCCAUCGAGAAGCUCGGCACCCGCCACACGGAGCACAUCGCCGUGUACGGCGACGACAACGAGAAGCGCCUGACCGGCCGCCACGAGACGGGGUCCAUCGACCAGUUCACCUACGGCGUGGCUAACCGCGGCGCCUCCAUCCGCAUCCCCCGCGAGUGCGCUGCUAAGGGGUACGGCUACUUUGAGGACCGCCGCCCUGCGUCGAAUGCCUGCCCGUAUCAGAUCACGGGGAUUAUCAUGGAGACGAUCUUUGGGCCCGUCUGA